GAGGAUGAACAGAUCAUCAUGAGGGUUGACUAUGCGAUCUGCUGCGGCGUCUUGGCGGCCUGGUUCGCGGCCAGAUGCAGACACAAAGAAGCCGCUGCUGCAUGUCGUGUCGUGUAUAAGAGGCUGGGGCCCAAACAUGCUGCAGCUCCUCAAAGCAUAUCGAACGAACAAGCACCUGCACAAGACAAUAGUUCACUCAGCCCUUCCCCUCCUCCUGCCUUGUUCGUAUAGCUCACAACUUUUCUUUGCUCAAGCUACAGGUCUCCCCAAAGUACAAGAGGCAGGAAGUCCCCACGCCAUUCUGAUCUCUUCACCUGCCUUCAAGACUGCCCACCAGACAUCAUGUCAAGCCUCGCCAAAUUCAUCAUUGCCGGCCUCGGCGCAACUGCCGGCGUAACGGCCUACCCACAAGAACAAGCACCAAGCAACACGGUACCAGUCAUCUCACAACCGCCAACGCCCUCCCCAGUAGCAUCCAGCGCCGCUGCAUCCGCUUCCGCCGCCAACGUCGCCCUCGCCAAAGAAGCUCUUCAAGCCGUAACAAAUGUCGGCCGCUUCAACGCCCUCCUAACAGUUGACGGCGCUGGCCGCGAACUCCUCCCCGACGACACCCUCCGCUCCCGCCUCGUCUUCGACUACGGCGCCCGCGCAAACCCCCUCGGCCAAGGCGGUCGCUUCAUCCUCGCCAACCAAAACACUUUCCCCAUCCUCGUAAACCAAGGCAUCUCCACCGCCGUCGGUUUCCUCAACCCUUGCUCCAUGAACUCCCCUCACACCCACCCUCGCGCCACAGAAUUCUUCACAGUCAUACAAGGCAAAUUCCAAACAGGUUUCAUGCUCGAAAACGGUUUCCUCGCCAACGCCACCGAAGGUCGCCAAACAACACAAGUCUCCGUACAAGAACUCGGACCUUUCCAAGCGACGGUUUUUCCUUUGGGGAGUAUUCAUUAUCAGUUUAAUCAUCAAUGUGAACCGGCGACGUUUAUUGCGACGUUUAAUUCUGCGGACCCUGGAACGAGUCAGGUUGCACAGAAUUACUUCUUUUUGGAUAGUGGGGUUGUGAAUGUGACAUUGGGCGAAAUCAACCAGAUCGAUGGCACGAAUAUUGAGCAAUUCAGGACAAGUCUGCCAGCAAACUUGGUGCAGGCUGUAGACUCGUGCUUGGCGAGGUGUGGGAUUGAGAAGAAGUAGUGCAAGUGGUGAUGGGAUGAUGGGAUAAUGUUUACUGUUUACUGUUUGUUGCUUGAGUUACCAAGAGGGUGUCAAGAGGAUGAGAUGAAUGAUGUGAUGAAGAUAUUAGACUUGUAUAUACGCAUGAACGAG